GUCAUCGUCAAAACUCAAAUGACACUCCGUGGCGCCGCCGUCGAAGCUUUUAAAUCCUCUGCUCUGAUUUCAUGGAGAUCAACUGGUAAGUUGCAGCAGACGAUCGGUGGUUGUAUAGAAAAGACAGGGAGAACGCUUCAUUCUGGAAACCAAUCGACUGUCAGGAUUUGGCCUGAGCUCGCCGGAAAAGGGAGGUACUUCGAUUUUAGUUCCAAUUUAAUCCCCGCGUCAAUUGAUUUUGCUGAAGAAUCGCCGCUCUGUACUACGCUUCGUAAAGAUGGGCACACUGUUCGAACUGUCGAGCACUUGCUUUCGGCUUUGGAGGGAACAGGCGUCGAUAAUUGUCGAAUCGAGAUAGUGAACUCUGAUGAUAAUGAUCCUUCAGCCGAAGUUCCUAUUUUCGAUGGAUCAGCGAGGGAAUGGGUGGAAGCUAUCGAGCAAGUUGGGGUUACAGUUGCUAUGGAUUCCAAUGGCAGAAAUUGUGAGAAACUAGCACCAUAUCUUACUCAACCUGUUCAUGUAUCAAAAGGAGAUUCUGUAAUAUCAGCAUUCCCUUCUAAGCAAAUUAGUAUCAGUUAUGGAAUCAAUUUUCCACAGGUACCAGAUCUAAGCCUCCAAUGGUUUUCUUCAGUCUUUUCCACCACCGAUAACUCCUUCUAUUCUAAGCAAAUAGCUCCUUCAAGAACCUUCUGCAUUUAUGAAGAGGUGGAGAAGAUGCGGAGUGCAGGACUCAUCAAGGGUGGUUCUUUAGAGAAUGCUGUUGUUUUUAGUAGAAGUAAAGGGUUGAUGAAUCCAGUCAAGGGCCUCCCUGUUGCAAAUAUCAUAGCUUAUAAGGGAGGACACGCACUACAUGCCGAAUUUGUUCGUCAACUCUCUGGAUUCAGGAGUAUCUCCAACAGUUGA